GCCAGGACCAGACUGCCUUACAUUGUUAACGUUGAUUUCUCUCUUUCAAGCCAGCAUUUUGUCUUCCGUGAGCCAAACCUGGGUCACAGGCUCCCACAAAAACGCAUGAAAUCUCGGCUACAUUUGGCUGCAGGGACACACACCGGCAUACUCCCUAACAUGAGGAGGAUUGUUGGCCGUAACCCUGCCCAGACCGGAGGCUGCUGGUAGGGAUGGUGCCGCUGUGAAGAGCCGGUGUGCCGUUACGGAGGACAAGCCUGUGGUCGGUGGGGGGGGGAAACAGGAGGAAGAGUGCCUGGACAACAUGACUGUUUUCAACCAGGAAAAUGUUGAGGAAUUUUAUGAAAUUGGAGACGAACUGGGGAGCGGUCAGUUCGCGGUGGUCAGAAGAUGUCGGCACAGGAUCACAGGCGUGGAGUACGCCGCCAAGUUCAUCAAGAAGCGGCGCAGCAAGUCCAGUCGACGAGGGGUGACGAGGGAAGACAUCGAGCGCGAGGUGAACAUCCUGAAGGAAAUCCAGCACCCCAACAUCAUCACGCUGCACGAAGUCUUCGAGAACAAGGCCGAGGUCAUCCUGAUCCUGGAGCUUGUGGCCGGUGGUGAGCUCUUCGAUUUUCUGGCAGAGAAGGAGUCGCUGAGCGAGGAGGAAGCCACUCAGUUCCUAAAGCAGAUCCUGGACGGAGUCUACUACCUGCACUCCAAACAAAUCGCUCAUUUUGACCUUAAGCCGGAGAACAUCAUGCUGCUGAGCCGCUCAGUGCCUCACCCGCGUAUCAAGAUCAUUGACUUUGGCCUGGCCCACAAGAUUGAUUUUGGAAAUGAUUUUAAAAACAUUUUUGGAACUCCAGAAUUUGUAGCCCCUGAAGUAGUCAACUAUGAACCUUUGGGCUUGGAGGCAGACAUGUGGAGUGUCGGUGUGAUAACCUACAUUCUUCUGAGCGGUGCGUCUCCCUUCCUGGGUGACAACAAGCAGGAGACGCUGGCCAACGUGUCGGCCGUCGACUACACGUUUGACGAGGACUUCUUCAGCAACACCAGCAUCCUGGCCAAAGACUUCAUAGCAAGGCUCCUUAUCAAAGACCCCAAAAAGAGAAUGACGAUUCAGGACAGUCUCCUGCACCCCUGGAUCAAGCCAAAAGAUACUCAGCAAGCUCUGAGCAGAAAGGAAUCGGCUGUCAACAUGGAAAAGUUCAAGAAGUUUGCAGCUCGAAGAAAAUGGAAACAAUCCGUCCGACUUAUCUCCUUAUGCAACCGCCUGUCCCGCUCCUUCCUGUCCAGAAGCAACAUAAGUGUGGCGCGCAGCGAUGACACGUUGGAUGAGGAAGACUCCUUUGUGAUGAAGGCCAUCAUCCAUGCCAUAAACGAUGACAACGUUCCCGGUCUGCAGCAUCUGCUCGGCUCCUUGAACAGUUACGACGUCAACCAGCCCAACAAGCACGGGACUCCCCCCCUCCUGAUCGCAGCAGGCUGUGGCAACAUCCAGAUCAUCGAGGUGCUGAUGAGAAAAGGUGCAGAGAUCCAGGCCCAUGACAAGAGUGGAGCCAACGCUAUCUACUACGCAGCGAGACAUGGCCAUGUGGAGACCCUGAAAUUCCUCCAUGAAAAGAAAUGUACUCUGGAUGUCCAAGAUAAGUCUGGGGAGACUGCUCUUCACGUGGCGGCUCGCUACGGCAACGUGGAUGUGGUGAGCUACCUCUGCAGCAUCCAGGCCAACCCGGAUCUCCCCGACAGGGAGCAGGAGACUCCGCUCCACUGUGCUGCCUGGCACGGAUACUCCACAGUAGCCCGAGCGCUCUGCCAGGCCGGCUGCCAUGCGGACGCGAAAAACCGCGAGGGGGAGAGUCCGCUGCUUACUGCGUCUGCUCGGGGCUUCGUAGACAUUGUGGAGUGCCUGGUGGAGCACGGGGCCAAUCUGGAAGCUACUGACAAGGACGGCCACACAGCCCUCCACCUGGCCGUACGGAGGUGUCAGGUCGAAGUGGUCCGCUGCCUUCUGAGACACCACUGCCACCUGGACCAGCAGGAUCGCCAUGGCAACACGCCGCUGCACAUCGCCUGUAAGGACGGCAACCUGCCCGUCGUCAUGGCAAUCUGCAGCGCUAAAGCCAGCCUCGACCUCCCCAACAAGUAUGGCAGGACUCCCCUCCACCUGGCGGCUAACAAUGGCAGUCUUGAGGUCAUCCGACAUCUCUGCCUGGCUGGAGCCAACAUUGACGCUGUCACCAACGAUGGAAAGACAGCAGAGGAUCUGGCUUCCACUGAUCAACAUGAACAUAUAGUUGCAUUAUUGGGCAAACUUAAAAAGGACAACCACAAACUGAGCUACAUCCAACAGCUGCGUCCCACCCAGACCGUCCAGCCCAGGAUCAAGCUGAAGCUGUUCGGACACUCUGCGUCAGGGAAGAGCACCCUGCUGGAGUCUCUGAAAUGCGGCAUCCUGCGCAGCUUCUUCAGGAGGAGGAGGACACGCAUGACGAACACGGCCCGCCACCCAAACUCCCCCAUCAACUCCAAACCUGCCGUGUCGGUGAGCAUUUCCAACCUGUAUCCAGGCUGUGAGAACGUGAGCGUGCGGAGUCGCAGCAUGAUGUUUGAGCCCAGUCUGACCAAAGGCGUCCUGGAGGUCUUCUCUCCCGUCCACAGCGCUCUGUCCGCAGCCGACGAACAGGCCACGAAGGCCGUCGACAUCCAGCACGCCAGCAUCCAUGGUGUGGGGGAUUUCAGCGUGUGGGAGUUUUCUGGGAAUCCGGUUUAUUACUGCUCCUAUGACUAUUUUGCGGCCAACGACGUCACGGCAAUCCAUGUGGUCCUGUUCAGCCUGGAGGAGCCGUACGAGACCCAGCUGGGCCACAUCACCUACUGGCUCAACCUGCUGAAGGUCCUCACCCUGCCCCAGGACAACAUCGCUUUCGGGGGUCGGAUCCAGCAGCCUCUUGUGGUCGUCCUGGUGGCGACACACGCUGACCUCGCUGACGUUCCCAGAGCUUUCUCUGGAGAAUUCAGCUACGACAAGGAGAGAGUGCUGCUCAAGGAAGUCAGGAACAGGUUUGGAAAUGACCUGCAGAUCAGUGACAAACUGUUUGUGAUGGACGCUGGAGCUUCAAACUCCAGAGACAUGAAGCUGCUAAGGAGUCAUCUUCAAGAACUUCGCACCAACAUCAUCUCUAGGUGUAGUCCGAUGACGUUGCUGUCGGAGCGUUUGCUGACGACCCUGCCGACCUGGAGGAAGCUGAGCGGACCCAACCAGCUGACGUCAUGGCAGCAGUUUGUCAGCGACGUUCAGGAGCACAUCAACCCGCUGGUCAGCCAGGAUCACCUCCGCACGCUGGCCCUGCAGCUUCACAGCAUGGGAGAGAUCAACAUCAUGCAGAGUGAGACUGUACAGGACGUGGUUCUGUUGGAGCCUCGCUGGCUCUGCAGCAACGUGCUUGGCAAGCUGCUGUCUGUGGAGACACCCAAGGCCAUCCACCACUACAGGGGGCGCUACAGGCUGGAGGAGGUGCAAGCACUGGCGCCUGAAAGUGACGUGGACGAGCUGCUGCAGAUUCUGGACGCAAUGGACGUCUGCGCCCGUGACGCCACCAACCCCUCCAUGGUGGAUGUUCCCGCACUCAUCAAGACAAGCGGCCUCCACCGCUCGUGGACCGAAGAGGAAGAAGAGGAGUCGCUGAUCUACGGAGGGGUCCGACUCGUCCCCGCAGAGCACCUUACCCCCUUCCCCUGCGGCCUGUUUCACAAGCUGCAGGUGAACCUGUGUCGCUGGAGCCACCAGCAGAAGCCCGAGGAGGAGAGCGGAGAGGAUAUCGAUGGAGACAUCCACCUGUGGACCAACGGAGCCAAGGUGAGCCAGGCGGCAGUUGAGGCCAUGAUCCUGCUGGUCAACCACGGCCAGGGGGUGGAGAUCCAGGUGCGUGGUCAUGACUCAGAGCGGGCCAAGUGCUACACCCUGUUGGACACCAUCUGUAGUAUAACAGAGAACCUGCUGGCCUCCACCCUCCCUGGACUGCUCACAGCCAAAUACUACCUAAGUCCUCAGCAGCUGCGGGAACAUCACGCCCCCAUCAUGAUCUACCAACCCAAAGAUUUCUUACGGGCCCAAGUUCAGCGGGAAACCUCGCUCACAAACACCAUGGGCGGCUACCGCGAGAGCUUCAGCAGCAUCCUGGCUUUCGGCUGCGCUGAGGUCUACCAGCAAGGGACUCUGGGAACGGACAUCCACAUAUCAGAAGUCCCCCUGUUGGCUCGCAGGAAGCUCUGCCGCAUGCUGGACCCUCCGGACGCUCUGGGGAAAGACUGGUGCCUGCUGGCCAUGAACCUCGGCCUCACAGACUUGGUGGCCAAACACAGCAACGGGACUCCCAACGGCACCCCUGAGCUGGACUCAGGCCCGGACUCCCAGCAGGCCGCGCUGCAGCCCAGCCCGACGGCGGCGCUGCUGCAAGAGUGGAGCGGGCAAGCCGACAGCACGGUGGGCGUGCUGAUGGCCAAGCUGAGGGAGCUCGGCCGCCGAGACGCCGCAGACUUCCUGCUCAAAGCUUCUCCUGUUUUCAGAGUCAACAUGGAGGCGGUGGCGGGGGCCGCCAACAGCUACCCCGCCACCUGCAACGGAGGCACAUCGUACAACUCCAUCAGCUCCGUCAUCUCCCGCUGAACUUAACAGGGUCGGCUUUCUGUCCUCGCCAAACGUCAGAAUAGUUAGUCUGAGGUGACAUUUUCCCGAUACAGGACGGUCACAGACUUACGUGUGAACGAACAUGAAGUGCAAUCCUACCAGAGAGUCCAGCUGCUCGUUCCUUAAUCACUCCAUUAAGUUGGUGUAUGAACCAGCGGAUGUUGUGUUUGUGCUCUCCACACCUGUACAGCUGAUCUUUCCUUCCACUAUGAAUGUUGUGAAAGAGCUGAUUGUCCUGAGCUCCAAAGAGGAAUUCUGUGCUCGACUGAUAUUUUUUUUUUGUUCUUAAUCUUGUUGUGCUGCUUUUUAAUAUUCCCUCCCUCCGUACUCUACUGCACACUCACUCUUCUUACAGCGAACAGUCGGAAAGUUUGGAAAAGAUACUUUUUUUUUUUUUUUUUUUAAACGAUCAACUCUACUUGCAGGAGUGGACGUGGUUUAAAAAAAAAAGACAGCAGCCUCAUGUUUGGACCUUCUUCAUAUCCGUCCUCCAGUACAAAACUGAGGACUUUAUUAUUUUAUUAUCAGUACAUGUAGGAGGCUGUCAUCUUUACCCGCUCCAUCCAUCAGUUACGUAUAAUGAUAUCGCCAUCCUUGCUUCUGUUUUACUGAUGUGACAUGUGGGCGUUCAAAUAACAGCAUUUUUUUCAGAGUGCCUUUGUGGCCUUCUACCUCCCUCAAGAGCACAAAUAGUCUUGUUAAUAUAAAACAGUAGAUCUUUCCAAACAUUUGAAGAACUGUGCCUUUUUGACACAAAUGAUAAAAAAUGAAUUUCAAUCAAGCCUAACGAGCAGGCAGGCUGUCUUUCGGUGACAUUGACGCAGAAAAGGCCA